AUGGUACCGCACCGACAUGCGCCGCUCCCCGAGCUGUACCGCCUCGCCGACCCGGCUCCCCUCCUCGACCUCGUCCGCCCGAACCUCCUCGACGCACUCCCGCUCUACUCGACCUUGCAGACGCCAGGUCUCGCCACUCCACUCUACGCCUCCUUCCCGUCCUUCGACCCCGACGGCAAGCCCCAACUCGUCGACGCCGCCCAACCCGACCUCUGGCUCGCCCUCGUCGACCUCGGCAACCAGCUGCGCUUCUUCUGCUCGUACGAGGCUCAUGACCACCUCACCGGCGACCAGGUCGCACAAGGAGAAAGCCUCGUCGUCGGCGCCCUGACGAGCGCCCACACAGGCAUCAGUAUCGGCGCCAUCCCCGACACUUGGACGUCCUGCAUCGCUCGCGCCUUCUCGCAGCCCUUCUCGGCGUCCAGGAUCCACUACCUCCCGCUCGACGAGGUGCCCAGCACAAGCGGCGGUGCGGUAUUGCCCGGCGGGAUCGUCUGCACCGAGGGGAGGGAGGAGGAUAUCGAGGAGAUCCUCUCGACGUCCGAGGUCCCUCAUCCGCCUGCCUACCUGUCGACUCGCCUCGCCCACACCCCCGACGCCGCCGAGCCGCCGUCGCGCAUCCUCGCCCACUGUACGACGCACCGCGACGGCUCGAUCGGCACGCUGCACGUGGCGCCCUCGGCUCGACAGCGCGGGCUCGGCCAGCUCGUGCUCCUCGCUCGGGCGCGCGCCAUGGCCUCCCCCUCGUCUUCCUCGUCCACCUCAGCCGCCAAGGCGGACGAGCCGCCACCGCCACUGAGGGACGCGCCCGUCUUCUGCUACGUGCACCGCGAGAACGAGGCGAGCAACGCGCUCAUGCGCCGUGCGGGCAUGCGGAUCGCGAGGGACGGCGCCGAGGUGUGGUGGGCGAGGGUGCGGCUGCCGCUGCGGAAUACUGGGUUCGAGAUGGACGAGGACGGGCCGUAGAGACGGUGCAUCGUCGCUGUGUGUG